CGACGGAGACACCCUCGCUAGUAGUUGCGACUCGCCGAUGCCAUGAGCAACUGGAUCGAGCAGUACUCUGCUGCUCUCGACGCCCGCGAUGCUCGUGAACAGAUGCACAAACCGUACAUAGACGCCUACACCAAGCUCGCCGACCGCACUGCAGCCGCCGCCGCCGCCGCUGCAAAAGUGCCUUCCAGCUCGACACCCGCUCUCCCAGACCGUACUGCAACACCACCGAAAUCCCAACCUCGUAGCUCCACCAAAGGCCCUCUUCCAGAUUCCCAAGCAGCAACCGACCUUGUGGCCACUCUGAGAACAGACCUUGCCAAUACUCAGCGCGCGCGCGCAUCUCUACAACUGCAAGUUUCCGAGCUCACCGCAUCUCUCCAUCAGCUACAGACCACACACAAGGAAUCCAGCGCGCAAAUCAAUCUUUUAACGAAGCAGAAGGCCGAGAGUGAGCGGAAACUCAGGGAUCGGGAGGAGGAGAUACGAGGUAAGGCGAAGUUGGUGGAACAGGCGCAGGAUGAAAUGGUCAGUCUGCAAUUGCAGUUGUUCAAGGCUGAGGAGAAGCGCGACGAGUUGAAGGAGGAGAACAAGGAGUUGGUUGAGAGAUGGAUGAGGAGAGUAGGGGAGGAGGUCGACAGGGUCAAUCGGGACACCGGGUGGGAGUGAGGACGUUCUGGAGGAUGGUUGAGGCGAGUGGAGAUGGUGUCGAGGCGAACACUCGGUGAGACCAGGUGAGCAUGUUGAUGACAGUGGUUACCCUAUGAUGAAAGCCUACAUCUUUUGCCACAUUCAUGGACAUUCCCUCAUGAGAGUGGGAUAGCCACGACCAACAGCGAGCAUGCGCUCUCAGGCGAUGAGGGUGUCGACACAUGGCUCCGUCCAAGCCACCGUGAUCACAGACGCGGCGUCGAGCCGCCGGAUUGGAGAGGCUUGCACCAUGAUCGGUCGACAUGACCAGUCACGCAUGGCUUCGUAGUCAGUAAUCCGAGGUCCGUUUGCCUGAUCCAACAUGACGGCUUCUCGAUGAUAUCUGUCUUCAUACUUAUAAAGACUUGGUAAGCCUAUGCUUCAUACUAGAAGCUACAACGCCGCGGCUCCACACGAUUCCAGCUGUUAUUUGAGGACUCACGACUUGCAAUUGCACCGUUCCACAUGACACUCAUUCGCUCCGCUCUGGUCAUACCAUGGGUCAAGUACAAGUUUGCUGUGAUGGCUCUGCUACUCACCACGCUACCGAUGCCCACGCAAGCUGUUGUACCUGUCAAAAUAGGCACUCCUGCGCAGAAUGAUAACCUCACUUCACCGGCAGGUAGUUACGACUACACACCAACACUACAACUGGAGCCUCGGGUGCCUCCGACGAGCUAUAAAAGCGCCGUCAAAAAGGGCAGAGAAAUGUGGGCCAUGAUCGAAGAUCCUCUCAAGACCAAGCAAUCAACAUGGGCUGCCACAGAUAUGUCCAAGUGGGGCUGGAGCGUCAAGUUCGACAAGAAUAUUGAAGUGUUCAAGGACAAGACUUCAGGUCUUGAAGCCGCGCUUGCUGCGUUACAAGUCUCACCAGAGACCAGCUCGACCAUUCGACUCGAGCACAACAAAGAUGUGACCAUUAACGGUGUUGAAUACCCGG